AUGGUGCUGGAAGAUGAGGAAGGCUCAAUCUAUGACACAAAAUACCUAGGGGAGUUCGCAGUUCUUUCUGGUGGGUGGAAACCAUUUGUUGAGGAUCAUGAGUUGGAUGAUGGGGAUGCUUUAGUAUUGGAGCUUGUUCAGCCUAGAAGAUUAAAGGUAUAUAUAUUUAGAGUGCCUAAUGGCGGUAGUGAAGCAAAAGUCCAUGAGAUAAAGGAAGCUAGAGAAAACGAAUCUGUCGAGAAAGUUCACAAUUUUGAUGAAGAUAUGGCUGAUGUGGAUUAUACUGAACAAAUUACCAUACCCACAAAGAGAAGAACCCAAAGAAAGCUGUAUGAAUGUUCUCCUAGAAAUAAUGAUGCAAUGAGCAAUAAUUCUGCUCCACCAAUUGUUGUGGGAUCAACUUUAGCUGCACUAGAGAUUCAAGCAACGAACACAUGA